UGCUUUUUAUGAUGUUUAUUUUGCGUUGACGCGUUUUCCUCAAGAUUCGCCCUUCAUUUUAUGAGUGCAAUAUUCUGUCAUUACACCAAGUGGCUGCAUUUACCUGGAAAUAUGAUCCCUCGAGCCCAGUGACAUCACAUCUGCGACUGCAAGUCGUGAUGUCAUCAAAAGGUUGCCAUUGAGCGGAGCGAUAAACAAAUGUCCCAGUUUCAACAAAAAGGAAAUUCAUAUUUUGGUUUGUUUAUGUCUGAUAACCGCACUAACCCUGUACCUCACGGACUUCAAUAAUACGAGCAAAUAUGUCAGCACAAAAGGACUGCGAGUUUUUAGUGAAACGGGCUCGGGAUCUAGUGUCCGAGGACCCGUGUGCAGCCAAGGCUUGGCUGAUAACCGCCCGAACCCUCUAUCCCACGGACUUCAAUAUUCAGCAUGAGAUGUACACCAUUGAGAGAAAUGCAGAGAAGACGGCUUCAGCGGGCAGACUGCUGUAUGACAUGUUCAUCAAUUUCCCUGAUCAGCCUGUUGUGUGGCGGGAGAUUACUGUCAUCACAGCUGCCCUGCGGAGUGACUGUCAGGACAAACAAGCUCAGUUCCUACGAGGUCUGUUUGAAACCCUGCCCGGCCCAGUGCAGUGUGAGGUGCUGUUGAAGGCUACAGAACAGUGCUUCAACACCCUGGAGAAGGCUGAGAUGCUUCUGUUACUGCUCAGGCGCUUCCCAGAGUCUGUGGUCCAACACGGGGUCAACUUGGGAGAUUCCCUAUUGGAGGCGGAGACGGCUGAAAAACUGGAGACACCUGUCAACUGUUUCAGGAAGCUGUUUGUGUGUGACGUUCUCCCGUUGAUCAUUAACAACGUGGACAUGCGUCUGCCUGCCAGUCUGCUGCUGAAGUACAUGCUGAAAGCAGCAGAGUUCUACAUCGGUUAUGUCACGCGGGGCCCUUCUGCUGACGGACAGCUGCAGGGCAAAGCCCUAAACGGCUCUCAGGAGGGUGGUGGAAUGAAGUCUCCCAGUGUGUCUCGGGGGUCCCAGCGCUAUGUGAUUGAGGGGCUGUCAGAGAAGUCGUCGCUGGUGGCUGAGCCCUGGGAGAGACUGCUGGAUAUCCUGGCAGUGGUGGGGGCUCGUUGCGAGUGGCAGGCGGACAAGGGACAGAGGGGCUACGUGGAGAUGCUGCAGUGGGUUAAGGAGCUGUGUUGCUACCUGCCCAGUCUAGAGGGAGAGACCAGGUCGCGGUGCUGCAGUCAGGUGGUCAUCUGUGCCUCGCUGGUCCUCUUCCGCAGUGCCUACCUCUACGUCUCAGCUGUACAGCCUGCUCUGUUUCACGGUGUGAAUGCGUUGGCCUCUGGGUCGUGGAUACUGCUGGAGGACCUGAGCUCAGUGUACAGUGAGGUAGAACUGGAGAGAGGAGCAGGGAAACACGCUCACAAGAAACGCAAACUGGCCGACGGCCGCGAGAAGACCAUGAGCUCAGACGAUGACGAGGGCAUGGGGAAGGGGCGUGGCCGGAACAUCAUGGUCAACAAAACAGAGAUGCCCGGGUGGGCAGAGACUCUGGAGAGCUUCCGUUUGGCCAGGGAGAGCUGGGAUCUCCUCCAGUCCCACGACAGCCUGGGGACCGAAUUCAACAAGAUCUGUUCCUCCUGGAAGACAGACAACUGGCUGUGGUUCAGAAUAUUCUUCACAGAUAUGAUCAUAUACCAGGGUCAUUACCGUAAGGCCCUGUCCAGCCUACUCCAGAUGUCUGGGUUUCAGCAGCCUCUGCCUGGACAGAGCUCCCCAGGACAGGGUAACCUGGAGCACCACAGGACCCUUAUACAGCAGGCCUCCUGCCACUACGCACUGGGAGAGUACAGGAUGGCGUGUGAAAAGUUACUUGAUGUAGUUGGUGGGCUGGUCCCCCAAAACCAGGACCCAGUCAAGAACACUGACGAAUCGGGCAAAGACAGAAACAAGCCCAGGAAAGGCAAUGAUCUGAGGCUGCUGCCCUGUACGAGUAAAGCGAUUCUGCCAUUCUGUCUUCAGCUGAUGUUCGCCUGUUUCAAGCUUCGUGCCUUCACGGACAGCCGAGACGACCUCUCCUUGGGUCACGUGGUGGUGCUCCUGCAACACGAUUGGCCACAGGGCGAGUCUCUGUUCCUGAAAGCCAUUGAUAAGAUCUGUCAGCAGGGCAGCUUCCAGUAUGAGAACUUCUUCAACUACGUCACCAAUAUUGAUAUGCUGGAGGAGUUUGCAUACCUGCGCACUACGGAGGGGGGGCGGGUCCAGCUGGAACUACUGCCCAAUCAGGGAAUGCUAAUCAAGCACCACACGGUGACACGUGGCAUCACUAAAGGGGUGAAGGAGGACUUCCGUCUGGCCAUGGAGAGACAGGUGUCACGCUGCGGGGAGAACCUGUACACUGUCCUCCACCGCUUCUGUGUCAACGAGAAGAUCAUCAUCAUCCAGUCCCUGCCCUGAUAUGACACCUAACCUCUGACCCCUUCACCUUUAAACCUCAGACAUCUGACUUUUGAACCUGUUGAGACCAGGAGCCCAGGCUUAUGGGUCUAAUGUCCACAGUGAAAGCCUGGUCUUCCUUGCAGCUUGUGUGCCCAGAAGACCAUCGUCGUCUUCCAUCAGACCUGACAAAUGAACUCCUGACCCCUGAACAGCCUCUAUGACCAAAUAACACACAUAAUUAGAAAGAGGCAGAUUCUUUGUUUUCCUCUUUCAAGGUUUUAUUUAUGGUGCUAUUUUCAUGAGGGUAAAAUAUUGGACACUUUUUGUGCUUCUUGCCUUAAACUUAAAAGGUUACUUUCAGAGGAUGUACUUUCAGAGAAGGUUCUGUACUUGGGGAGCAAACUGUUUCUGAGGAUACUUAACUGGUAUUGGUGGUGUAUAGUGUGUCUGUAUUUUCUGUCUAGUGUGUCUUUCAUUGGCUAUCUUGAUACAUUUUGUUUAUUUUGCCUAGUUGGAUAAUUCUGUGAAGCGUGUGAAAAAAAUAGAGGUUCCAAAUCAUUGUGAGAUUGUUGGAAAGUUGACAAAUGUGAGCUUGAUAUUGUUAGGUAACGUUUUAUUGUUUUUCUUUUUUAUAAAGCUGUAGUAAAAUAAAUGUAGUUUAUAUUAAUUCUCCAUUAAACCUGACUGGUUGGAAA